ACCAGUCUAUAGUACAAACUGAAACGAUGUUUCAGCUCUUCAAGAAAAGUAAACCUGUCAAAAUUAGGAGUUAUGACGGAAACAAAAAGUAUGGAGUCGCAGCGAAAGAUUUGAAAGAGUUGCUUAAAAAAGGCUGCAAGUCAUUACAGUUGCCACUUCCUGGUGCACAUGUUUGUUUGUAUUCCGAUGGGACUAAAGUGACGGAGGAAUUCUUCGUGACUCUGCCUGACCACACUGAACUGGUUCUCCUCUCCAGAGAGCAGACAUGGGGCGGGGUUGUGUGUGACAUCGGCCAGUUGCUGAACACAGACCGACACGCCGAUGGCCUCAUUGAGGCAGCAAAGGGGCUCCUGUCUGACGAGCAGUCUCCAAAGAGACGUAAAAUCCUCACUGACCUGCUGCUGAACCUGGAGGACAGAUCUGAGCUGGAGAGCAGAGAGGAGGAUGAAGAGUGGUUCAAAGGCAUCGAUGCUCGAUUCAAGACGAAGUCUGCCUACAUGAAGUUCAACUGUGAAAGCAGGAUACGAGGUUACAUGAAGGAGGUUGAUGAUGCCUCUAAAACCAUUCAGAAAGCUAAAGUCAGGGCAGAGUUCUUGAAAACAUCAAAGAGCCUGGUGGAAAUGCUGAAAACAGCCAGGUACAACGGCUGUUACUUUGACCGGACUGAAAAGGAGCCGGAUCGUCUCUGUACUCAGGAAGGAUGGUUUACCUGCCAGGGAUCAUUCGACCAGGACGUGUGUCAAUCCCUCCACUCCAUCAACCCCUACGGCAGCCGAGAGAGCAGGAUCGUCUUCAGCACCUGGAACCUGGACCACAGGAUAGAAAAGAAGAGGACGAUCAUCCCGGCUCUGCUGGAAGCUCUACAAAAUCACAAUACCAGCGACGUCAACCUGACCUACUUCUACGGCCUGCUGUUCACCAGGGAAAACCUGAAGCUGGUCCACAUCGUGUGCCACAAGAAGGGAGCUCACAACCUGCUGUGUGACACCAAGAAGAUUUUUCGACAGGCUGGUAAAACAGAGAAGGGAAGCCAGAAGGCCAAAGGGAGGAAGAGGCGCUUGGUGUGAAUUUUUUUUUAACUCUUUCUUUUGUGAAAAAUGAGUGUUUGGAAUUAAUUUAUAUGAGCUGUGACAGCAUAAUGUAUUACACCGGUAAAUUCAGUGCGUAAUUAUCUCAGUGAUCCGCUGUAGUAAGGUCAUACGGACAGCAAGGUGACUUUACCUUUUUUUUUUAAAACUCAAAUUAUUAUUAUUUUUUUUAAAACCUAUUAUGAUAUUCUGCUUUCUGAAGCAGAGCUUUGACACAGACUGGCUUUGGUUAGUUAAACAGGAGUAAUUACACUUCAGCUGAAAUUAUGAAAAACAUUUAUUUGUUCUUUACGUUGGCACUGUGAUGUAAAAUGCAUGAAGUGAUUACGAUGUCUGCUUACUGUACAAGGCAUUCACUCAGUCGGAUAGUUGCAUAGAAGAAUAUGAAAAGCAUUUUGUAUAAAUAAGGCAGUAAAAAUAUAUAAAACAUUUGCUUGGAUGAUCAUAAUCAGCUAUAUACAAAAUUCUGAUAGACAAUUCAAAUUCAAUUACUCUGAAACUAAUUUUGAUGGUUAGAGAACGUUUUCAAAGUCGGGUUUGAGUUAUCCUCAGUUUACUUACACACUGAUGACUUGGAUAAGAAACCUCAACGUUUUUAGUUCAUGUCUUUUAUAAUAAUGAAUUUUUUUCAUAUGAAAUUUUGUCAUUUUUUUCAAAUAUGAACAGGAGCUGCAUUAGGGAAAAUUAUUAGCUGCAUUGAUAUGUGUAUAUAUAUAUAUAUAUAUAUAUAUAGACAAAUGUAUAUUAUGUUAAGAAGCUGCCAAAAACUGAGCACACAAAGAUGAAUUGAGGAAGAAUAUUAGACACUUAGUGAACAAUGACUCUUAUGCAGAAAACUACUGAAAUAACAUUCAUGUCAAAGACUGAAUUUAUGAUAUCUCAUUUUGAAACAGUCCGGUCUGUUACCAGAAUGUGAAAUAUUGUCUUCUGCUGCCUUUGCCUUUAUCAACAUGUGACUUUUGUUUUUGACAUUUUAUAUCUAAAAUAAAGAGUUUUAAAGUU